CCAGAAAACCCCCGAAAAAAAGUGAUCCAACAACCAAAGAAAGCUCCUUUUUUUCUCUCCCCCCUCUAUUUUCUCUCUCUUGUUCGAAACGAGCUGAGCAAUGGCGCGGCGGCCGGCGGCGGCAGCAGCAGCACAAACGGCGGGGCCCUCCGCUUCUUCUCUAGCAUCGCAGCAGUUCUCUGGGCUUCGCCGCUCGUUCUCUAUCUCUCCUUCUUCUUCAUCGAACGGUCUCUUUUUUGAGGGUGUUCAGUCAAAGAUCCGCCUUUGUUCUUCGAUUAGAGGUCCCAGAGGCGUUGUUGCCAUGGCUGGAUCGGGAAAGUUUUUUGUUGGAGGCAACUGGAAAUGUAAUGGCACAAAAGAUUCUAUUAAUAAACUCGUCUCUGACUUGAAUGGUGCUAAGAUGGAAAAUGAUGUGGAUGUUGUUGUUGCACCUCCCUUUGUUUAUAUUGAUCAGGUGAAGAAUUCAUUGACUGAUCGUAUUGAAAUAUCUGCUCAGAAUUCUUGGGUUGGAAAGGGUGGAGCAUUCACAGGAGAGAUCAGUGUGGAGCAACUUAUAGAUAUUGGCUGCAAGUGGGUUAUUCUUGGUCAUUCUGAGCGCAGACAUGUUAUUGGCGAAGAUGAUCAGUUCAUUGGAAACAAAGCUGCAUAUGCUCUGAGUCAGAAUCUUAAGGUCAUUGCCUGUAUAGGAGAGAAGUUAGAAGAAAGAGAAUCCGGAAAAACAUUUGAUGUCUGCUUCCAGCAGAUGAAAGCUUUUGCAGAUAAUAUAACAAGUUGGACCGAUGUUGUUAUUGCCUAUGAGCCUGUAUGGGCAAUUGGCACGGGCAAAGUAGCUACGCCACAGCAGGCUCAGGAAGUGCAUGUUGCUGUUCGUGACUGGCUCAAGAACAACAUCUCAGCUGAAGUUGCUUCUACAACACGUAUUAUUUAUGGAGGUUCAGUGAAUGGAAGCAAUUGUGCUGAGCUUGCAAAGCAAGAAGAUAUAGAUGGAUUCCUUGUUGGAGGUGCUUCUCUGAAGGGUCCAGAGUUUGCUACCAUAGUCAAUUCAGUGACUUCAAAGAAAGUUGCUGCUUGAAAUAUUGUCCAGUCUGUAUGCCAGGGGUGAAUAAGUUUCCGGGGAUGAGCUCGGCAACUCGGCCGAAAAACAAUUGACUCGAGCGAAUCACAUUCGUGAUUCUUGUUACGACUUAAAACUGUUUUUGAAAAGUUUUCAGUGAAAGGGUAUGAAUAAACACUUAUAGUUGUUAUAACAAACUUAAGAGCAAUGGAGUAAGGACCUCUUUUUAUGCCCA